AUGGACUGUUUCAGAAAUGGCCGAAAUACAGUCACACCCCUCAAUGAUACACCCUUAAUUUUGGUUUUUCUUCCUCAAAUGCUGUUCAAACAUUCUGAAAUUUGUUUUUGUGGUGAAAGAUUGUGCUCACAUUUGUUGAAGCUAAUUUCUCAAUUUCAAUGUAUCAUUAUGGGUUUUAGCCUGCAGCGCUCAAGGGCUCCACCGUGGGAUACGUUACGCCUGUUUGUAGCCCUUUUGCAUUUGUUUGGCUUCCGCUUCGUCAUCGUCGUGAAACUUGUUGAAGGUGCCAGCUGCGAGGAGCGAACCGCUUUGAACCGCGUCAUCGACAUGCUGAUUUUGUAUACACUGGAAAUGACAUUGUUGACGGCCGCUAUCUUUGGCCACAAUGAUCUGUCAUUAGAACAAAGCUUAAUAUUCUUCGCUCUUCUGGUUAUACUUCCAAAACGUCAAUUUGUUCUUACCUUUCCUGAUUCGCCAUUUGAUCCACAUUUCACCAGUUUACGCCAAUUCCUUCCUCGCGACCUCAAACAGGGCACAAAAAGGUUGAAUUCACGCAAGCACAUUCGCUCGGCUCAAUCACAAGCGCGCAACGAAGAAGCAAAAUGGUCUAGCAAUUCCACCUCUAGAUCCACCUCUGCCUUCGGUCGUUUCUCCAAGACCGCCCCUCCCGCGCCGUUGGCGCGUACUUACUAUCCUAAUCAUGUUGACGCCUCCUGGCAUUCACAAGGCUGGUCAUACUUGAUGCGAAAAUAA